AUGAAUCCAACAAGCUCACAAAUUCAAGCUUGUAACACGGAGAAUUUUCCACCUUCAUUUAUUCCUACUUGUGCGGCCUCUCAGGAUAACAACAUCCUUACCGUCUCGUCUCAAUCAAACCUUGCCGAAAGUUCAUUGAGCGAGAACCAUAGCCACGAGACUCAAUCUUCCGUCAAGAGUACUAAUAAUCCUUUUGGAAAUCCUCAAAUUCCAAUCCAACCAGUUCAUUCUAAUACCUUUAUUUAUCGACCACCAAAUGAUUAUUGUCAGUACCAUGUUAAUUGUGAAAAAAUCUCCAAUGAUCUUAUUUUACAAUUUUUAAAUAAACGUAAAGAAAUCAUAAUGCAAUUAAAGGAAAACGAAUAUACUUUCUUUUAUCAACAACAAUGUAAUAAUCAAUUUUAUCAAAUAUCCUGCGAAAUUGUUUCUCCUUCUUUUAUUAAUGAUUGGUUAAAUAGAAAUUUUCUUAGCAUCGAAAUUGAGCAGGAGAUGGUACAAGAACGAUUGGUAUUUACAUUUGAGCAAGAAAAACAUCUCGAAAUUCAUUUGUCACAAUAUUUAAAUAAUCGCGUCUUAAACUAA